ACCACCACCACUGUCACCCUCCACUCCCACCAACACCAACGCCAACCUUGGUUCUUCAUCCAUGGAAUCCACACCAUCUCCUCCAAGAACAACCAAUCCUUCGCCUUCGACCCUUCCUCUAACUCAUGGUUCCUUCUCCCAACUCCAACCACCCUGCAGCAGCAGCACCAACCCAACACCUUCUUCAUCGGCACCACCUCCUUCUUCUUCAUCACCGCCCCCAAUUUCCUCUACACCCCGGUCCUCCACCCCGUAUGGCACGCCGCACCGCCAUUUCACUACCCUAGAAUCAACCCUCUUCUCGUUCAUUUUUUUAUUGUUGUCGAUGGUGUUAGGUUUAUUGGGAACCUGGUUGAUAUUGAGGACCGUUUGGAUGUUGAGAUUUAUAAUCCGCUUUUGGGUUAUUGGGAACUUGAUCCUCCUCUUCCUCUAGAUUUCAGAUCUGGAAACUCGUCUUAUUCCUUGUCCUCUUCUUUGUUCAAGGGAAGAUUCUGUAUUUUUGGGGUUUACUCUUGCUUUGUUUCCUCCUUCGAUCUGCACCAUAGUGUUUGGAGUGAGGUUAGAAUCCUGAGGCCACCUAGGGUUGUGUUCUCCUUCUUGAUUGUUCAAGGGAAGAUUCUAUGUUUUUGGGAUUCACUGUUAUUGAGAGAAUCAAUGGAAAAUGACCCAAUAAUGAGAACAAGUGAAUUGUACAUUGGGGUUUCUCAUAUUUAUAGAGAAAUUAAUUCUAUAGCAUAA